AUGCCGCAUACACCCCCCUCAACCGCAGAUACAACCUUGAUAAUCAAUCGACCGCGACCUCCUACUUGGGUAUUCCUCCCUCCUUCCGAUGAACCAGAUUCAACUUCAGAUUCGGAUACCCUCCCUCCCUAUCCUCCCGCUCCUACUCGUUUACCACCCCGCACUCCACUUACACCACCGGCUCAAAUUCAUAUUCCCUCUCCAGCCACUUCGAAUAUCAACCGUGACUCGUAUGAAUGUGAAUACAGCAGCACAUCCACAAUCAACCGAGAGCUCAGGACAUCCAGCGCGUCAAGCAAAGAACCCACUGACGUUCCACCAUUUUGCAAAGCACUAUUCUUCGAUUCCUUACAAACAAGUUUUGAUUCCCUAGCUCCGCCAUCUCCUUCAAUUUCCCCUUCUGUGUCCUCACCCUCGACGAAACCACCUACUCCCCAACCAUGGUUCCACCCCAUCUCGCACCGUCAAUUUUCUAAAACUUCUAUCCCUCGCACCAGAGAUUGUCCACCUUCCCCCCUCACUCAAGAUAUCUCUGCUUCAGAAUUUUGCACCAGUUCUCGUUCUCCUCCUGCUUAUGAUUCCCAACAGCAAUUAGAAGAGGAAGACAUAAAUGAUUGGGUAAUAAUAUCACCCGAUAUCUACUCACUUUCAGCAUCACCAUCUUCACCAUCUAAUACCGCUGCGCCAAUUUUGCAUAAGAAUGGGACAAUCAGAAGAGAAGAAUCUAGAGGUACUGAAGGUAAAAUGAGUACAUUGGGAUAUUUAUUUAGCUUUUUGAUGUCAACGAAAGGGUAUAAAUCAACAGGGACCUUGAAACUUGCUCACCAAGAGGACAAGGAAACUGGUGGAGAGCACAAAUGA